CCGUCUCCUGCAGUGUUUGUUUCGUCCUUGCAGGCUCUCUGAGCCCGGACCCCCGCGUGUGUCCCGCGAGUCAUGACGUUGAAGGCUGUGUGCGUGUUGAAGGGCGACGGCCCUGUGCAGGGCACCAUCCACUUCGAGCAGCAGGAAAAUGGACCAGUGGUGAUAAAGGGACGCAUUACAGGAUUGACCGAAGGCCAGCACGGAUUCCACGUCCAUCAGUUUGGAGAUAAUACACAAGGCUGUACCAGUGCAGGUCCUCACUUUAAUCCUCAUUCCAAAAAACAUGGCGGGCCAAAGGAUCAAGAGAGGCAUGUUGGAGACCUGGGCAAUGUGACUGCUGGCAAAGAUGGUGAGGCUGUUGUGUCUAUUGAAGAUUCUCUGAUCUCGCUCUCAGGCGAACAUUCCAUCAUUGGCCGCACAAUGGUGGUCCAUGAAAAACCAGAUGACUUGGGCAAAGGUGGAAAUGAAGAAAGUACAAAGACGGGAAAUGCUGGAGGUCGGUUGGCUUGUGGUGUCAUUGGGAUCGCCCAAUAAACAUUCCCAAGGAUGUGGUCUGAGUCCUAGUAACUCAUCUGUUAUCCUGCUAGUUGUAGACUGUAACUUGAUAAACAUUAAACACUGUAAUCUUAAAAGUGUAAUUGUGUGACUUUUUUUAAAUUGCUUUAAGUACCUGUAAUGAGAACUGAUUUAUGAUUACUUGGACGAUUUGUAUAGUUUUAUAAAACUCAUUAUCAAUUAAAAUGUCUGUUUCAGUGAUCUCCAUAUUUUGCCAGACUUAAUCACAGAUGGUUAUUAAACUUAAUUGUCUGAAUUUCUUCAAUUCUCAUUCAAGCCUGUGAAUAAACAACCUGUAUGGCACUUAUUUUGAGCCUAUUAAAGUGUCCAAAUUUAAA